AUGGAGAAAGUACAGCAGCAACAGCAUUAUCUCGACGAAGACAUUGAAAUGGAAGAUGUUGUACCAACAGUACCACUGCAGCAACAGCAGAAGGAGGAACAAUAUGUUCCAACCUUGCUUGAUUUCAACGAAGAUGUUGAAAUGGAAGACGUUGAGGAGCAGUCGGUGGAUACGGAGUAG